AUGAAUUUAGAGGAGCUAUUAGAAAAACGGGAAGAGAUAUCACAGUAUCUCAGGAUCCUUGGACGAUCACAUCAUCGUGCAUUGUUCGAGAAUGAUGCUGGUAGUGGCUCCCUUAAUCAACUACGAAGGAAUAUUAAAAUAUGCCUUAGCGACUUAUGCAAGUUGAAUAUGUGGCUCAUUGACCACAAUGGAGGCAUCAGGAAGAAUAUAAAAAGUAUGGAGAAGCAAGAGAAUAAGCUAAUGAAGUUAGAGGCCAAGAGGCGAAUGUUGGUAGAAGAGAAGGCUUCCUGGACAAUACCGGGGAUAUCGGCGUUGAAAAGUACGGAUAGCAAUUCGAUUAGGAUCACACGGAAGCACCAAGAGGCACUUAAUGCUUAUAUUGGGAACGUUGGGAUUAGCAAUACAUCUUUGAACGACACGAAGGAGUCUGCAGCUGGGAAUUUAUCCAAAGAAGAGCUUAUUGAGAAUAUAGCGACGCUAAGAGAGGCCAAUUUAUGCGUAGAGCAGGAAAUUAACCAGCUGGAGGUACUGUUAAGUAGCUUGAAGAAGGACCAAGCUUUUAUCAGCAAAGAAAUCUCUGCUUUGGAAUCUAAUUUACGUGGCCGGACACUUGCAAUAGAUGUUGAGAUAGAGAACAUUGACAUAGCCAGAGCAGCAUUACUUAGGAAAGUGGGUUUACUGAAAGAUAAGCCUCCUGAAAACGGCAUAUUUGCUAGCAGAAGGAAGGAGAGUGUUGAAGAUGUGGAUAUAGCGCAGUCUCAGCUGGGUGAGUUUACAAGAGCGCGCAAGGCAGCUUUGGGCGAAAUGUUGACGUUCCAUAAGGAAGAAAGCGGGCAGCUGACACAACAACUGGAAGCCUGGAAGGAGAUAUUUGAGCUUCUGAGCUCGUUAGAAGAAAAUAUUCACAAGAAACUCAUUUCAGAAUCUAAAGCUGAUCCUAUAGAGUUGCACCAACUGAUUGAUUCAACAAUCAAUAAGAUCAGUGAAGUUAGCUAUGAAAAUUGUUCGUCUGAGGUCAUAGCGUGUAUAAAAGAUGAAAUAAGAGCUCUUGAAUUAGCAAGAGGACAAUUAUCAAUUGGUAAGAAGACUAGAGGAGUAGAAAGACUCGCAGCAGUAUCAGAGAACCCCAGUUUCUUGAUUACGGGCACGUCACCGCCAAAGGUAGGUAUCACCAAAAAUUUGGUACCACUAACCCCUACAACUGAUGGGAAGAAAUCAGUCUAG